GAUAAUUCCAUUUCAUAUAUAGUAUUUUCAUAAACAGAAACGGUGAAUUGGUAUAAUGAAUUAAAACCUUGGUCGGUGAUUUCCGUACUGAGGCAUUCUGGGAAGAAGAAGGCCGCCAGACUCCACGGAAAGUCGAAUUCUGCUGACCAUCCUCAUCAGGUAUAUCAACCCAAAACAAUCCCACAAUCAACCCCUGAAUCAUCCAAAAUUAUUAUGCCGUCCCACCGGGACCUCGAAUGUAAGGUCUAUGUGGGUAACCUAGACAAAUACGCAACCAAGGAAGAUGUUGAGAUGGUAUUUAGACGCUAUGGAGACAUCGCAAAUGUCUGGGUCGCUCGAAGUCCACCUGGAUUUGCCUUUGUGGAAUAUCAUGAUGAACGUGAUGCUAAAGAUGCUGUACGAGGAUUAGAUGGAGAAAUGCUUAAAGGAGCCCGCAUUCGUGUAGAAAUCUCAAAUGGUCGCAUCCGUCCCAAGCCAUGGUUGCGAGGUGGCGAUGGUGAUCGCAGGGGUGGUAGACGUGGUGGACGUCGACCAUUUAAUUCUGAUGACACUUGUUACGUAUGUGGAAAACAUGGUCACUACGCAUAUGAUUGUACUCGUUCUGGUGGGAGUAGAAGUCAUCAAAGCGGGGGUCGCAGAUCUUCGCAUUAUUCAAGGUCGAGGUCACGCUCUCCCAGAAGAAGGAGUUACAGUCGCAGCCGUAGCCGAAGUAGGGACAGGUCUGAUAGAUAUAGCAGAGAUAGAUCCAGAGACAAGUCACGCUCUCGCAGCCGUUCCAGAUCACAUUCACACUACAAGCGCAGGUCCCAUUCUGGCAGUGACAAGGACUAGAUCUCCCCUCAUGGAUAAAGGCUUAGUUUUAGAAACUUUCUGGGACAAUAUUCACUAUUUCAAUCCUUUGAAAUAUAUCCUGUCUGAUCAAGUAAAAUACAUUUAGAUAUCUGGAAAUCUGAUCUGGACUCAUUCCACCAGGUCCAGUGUGAAUAUGAUUUUACUUGAAACAAUAGCGAAGAAUGUGGAAGAAAGUGACGUUUAAUAAGUGUACAUAACAUAUAUUUUCAUGAGCAGAAAGCAAUUACCUGGUAUUAGCACGGGACGGAUUAAUGCAUAUGUAUAUCUUAAAUAUGAGUUAUCUGUGUUACAAGUAGUAUACACAUCAUAUGGUCAUGUCAUCACUUAUUUCAUAUGUUCUGGAAAUAGAUGUUUACUUAUUGGGAAAUUUUUGUAGAUAAUCAGAUUUCACAUGAUUGCUAGAGAUCUAUAAUUCCAUUGUAUUUUAAACUCGCUGUGCUUUAUUGUAUUGCAAAUUUGUACAAAGUUUUAGUUCAAUAAUCUUAUCUAAAGCACUGUCAUGCCCCAGAAUAAUGUAACAGAUAAUAUGUAGACAAUAGAAAGGUGGAGUCAAAGAUCAAUUUUUGAAAACCAAUAACUUGCUUGAUAAAUCAUUGUUUGGUGAGAUAUGAUUAAUUGGGGCAUUUGACUUGUUACAUUUGAUUCCUUUGAUAAGUUUUGCAAAUAUUGAUGUAUUGACUCCAGCCUCAUACGCUCAUGAAGUUGGAUGAGUUCUCAUAAUCAUAUCAACAAUAUUCACUCUCACAUACAGAAUUUAUUGUAGAGUUUUGUUAUUCAUUGUGCAAAAUAAAUGUGGUUUUAUAAAAAAAAAAAGUUCAAUGUUUGUGUAUCUUUAUGAUUGUUGAGGGCCAGUCUAAAGCUCCUUGCCAACAUUACAAUGCUCUUGAAAAUCUAGAUGGUUAAUGCAUGGAGAAAAGUAAGGAACUUUAAGGUCAAAGACGGGAAAAGAUAACAGCCCAUAAUUCACCUUGUUAUCAGUUACUAAGUUAGCCUAUAUUACAAUUGCAAUUACUAGAAUAGUAUGAAUUACAGUAGAACAUUCCUCCUAUCAAACUGACAAUGCCUCUUAGACUUCUGUCAAUCAUUU